CACUCAGUCACUCACUCUCUCCCGUGAGGUCGGCGCCGGGAGCCUGAGCGCUAGGCCCGGGGCUGAGGAUGGAGUGGCAGCGCGGGGACCCCCAGGCCCAGGCCCAGGCCCAGGGCCCGGCCCGCGGCAAAGACAAGGACAGGGACAGCAAGUCCAGCAAAGCCAAGCGCGGCCUCGAGGAGGGGGAGAGGAGGAGCAAGUUCACUUUAAAGAAGCUGAUUCCUGAUGAGUUGGAACGCUUCACCAGCAUGAGGAAAAAGGAGAAGCCGUCCUUACAGUCGAAACACUCUGCUCCACCGAUUUAUGAAACACAGUCGUCCACGUUGGAUUCAUUGUCUGAUAAAGAUGUGCUGGAGCUGUUUGAGCAGAUGCUGGUCGACAUGAAUCUGAAUGAAGAGAGACAACGACCGUUGAGAAACAAAGACAUCAUGAUAAAAAGAGAAAUGGUUUCACAGUAUCUACAUACCUCCAAAGCGGGACAAAGCCAGAAAGAAAGUUCCCGCUCAGCUGUGAUGUACAUCCAGGAACUGAAGUCGGGAGUGCGAGAGGGACCGUUGCUGAAUUGUUUGGAAUCCUUGCGAGUCUCUCUCAAUAAUAAUCCAGUCAGCUGGGUGCAGAACUUUGGUGCGGAGGGAUUGGCAACGCUCUUAGAUCUAUUGAAAGGGCUUCAAGAUGAACAGCAGGAACCAGGCUCCUUGAAUCACAGGAUUCAGCAUGAAAUUAUCAGGUGCCUAAAAGCAUUUAUGAACAACAAGUAUGGAAUAAAAACGAUGCUGAAUUCGGAGGAAGGUAUUCUUCUGUUGGUCAAGGCUGUCGAUCCUAAAGUUCCGAGCAUGAUGACAGAUGCUGUGAAGAUCCUCUCUGCUAUUUGCAUCCUGCCGCACACAGAGAGCAUACAUGAAAAAGUAUUGGGAGCGUUAACAGAGAGAGCGGAGCAGGAGGACAGUGAACGGUUCAAACCGGUGCUGGAUGGGUUGAUAAAUAAAUCCAGUAUUCAGCUGAAGGUGGCGUGUAUGCAGUUCAUUAACGCUCUCAUCAUCCCCGCUGACGAACUCGACUUCCGAAUUCACUUGCGGAGUGAACUGCUACGAUCAGGACUUAGUCAGUUAUUACCGGAGCUGAGACGUAUCGAGACCGAAGAGCUUAAAGUUCAGUUGAAUGUCUUUGACGAACAUGGGGAGGAGGACUCGGAUGAUUUGAAAACUCGCCUGGAUGAUAUCAGGAUAGAAAUGGAAGAUGUUACUGAAGUCUUCCAGAUGUUACUGAACACUGUCAAGGACUCCAAGGCAGAACUGUACUUCCUUUCUAUACUCCAGCACAUGCUUUUGAUACGCAACGAUUACCAGGCCAGGCCACACUAUUACAAGCUUUUAGAUGAGUGCGUGUCCCAGAUCGUUCUGCACAAAAAUGGAAGUGAUCCGGACUUCAAAUGCAAGAGAUUUCAGUUGAAUGUAGACCAUUUAAUCGACAACUUGAUUGACAAAACCAAAGUGCAGAACAGUGAGGCCAAAGCUGUAGAUCUGGAAAAAAAGCUGGAUAGCGAGCUGACAGCCCGCCAUGAACUGCAGGCGGAAAUCAGGAAGAAAGAAUGUGAUUAUGAAGGGAAACUCACAGAGCUUCACACAAAGCAGCAGACAUUAGAGAAGGCAAAGUCUGACGCAGACGUAGAAAACAGCUUACUGAACAGUGAAAUUAAUCAUCUGAAGGAAGAGAUCAAACAAUUAUCUGACGAUUUGAAGGAAGCAAAGACCAAGUUAGCCAACAUCCCAAAAGAGCCUCUUAACAUCACACCAGCACCUCUGUUGCCAACGCAAUUGGGAGGACCACCUCCAGCUCCUCCGCUGCCGUGGCAACUGGGAGGUCCUCCACCAGCACCUCCGUUCCCAGGGCAACUGGGAGGUCCUCCACCAGCUCCUCCGUUGCCAGGGCAACUGGGAGGUCCUCCACCAGCUCCUCCGUUGCCAGGGCAACUGGGAGGUCCUCCACCAGCUCCUCCGUUGCCAGGGCAAUUGGGAGGUCCUCCACCAGCUCCUCCCUUGCCAGGGCAACUGGGAGGUCCUCCACCAGCGCCUCCCUUCCCAGGGCAACUAGGAGGACCACCUCCACCACCUCCGCUGCCAGGAUGUCCUCCUCCACCACCUCCACCACCAGGGCAAUUUGGAGGACCCCCGCCACCUCCCCCAUUACCUGGGAUGCCUCCAUGUGCUCCCCCACCUCCUGGGGCUCCGUUCCCACCAGGGGCUCCCCCUCCCCCGGCCUGUGCCUGGGGAGCUCCUGCCUUGCCGUUCGGACUGCAAACCAAAAAGACUUACAAGCCGGAAGUUCAACUCAAAAGGGCGAACUGGUCAAAAAUUGAACCUGAAAAAAUGACAGAGAAGUGUUUCUGGGUCAAGGUGAAGGAAGAUAAAUUUGAGAGUACAGAACUCUUCGCAAAACUCACAGUCGCAUUCUCCUCACAGGCAAGGAAUAAGAAAGCUAAGAAGGAACAAGAAGGAGCAGACGAGAAAACAGUUCUGAAGAAGAAGGCGAAAGAAGUAAAAGUGCUGGAUGGAAAAACCGCACAGAAUCUUUCUAUCUUCCUGGGUUCUUUUCGAAUGCCCUACAAGAGUAUCAAAAACAUGAUCCUUGAGGUGGAUGAGAAAACUCUAACGGAGUCCAUUGUUCAGAACCUCCUGAAGCAACUUCCCGAACAGGAUCAGCUGAGCGCUUUAGCGGAGUUGAAGGACGAAUACGAUGACCUCUCGGAAUCGGAGCAGUUCGGAGUGGUGAUGAGUUCUGUCACCCGCCUGAGGCCUCGGCUACAGGCGAUCCUGUUCAUGCUGCAGUUUGAAGAGCAGGUCAGUAACCUGAAGCCGGACAUCGUGUCUGUGAAGGCAGCCUGUGAGGAGGUGCGGAGCAGUGAUAAGUUUGCCAAGUUGAUGGAACUGAUCCUGUUGGUGGGAAACUUCAUGAACGCUGGAUCCAGGAAUGCUGGCGCGUUUGGUUUCAGCAUCAGCUUCCUCUGCAAGCUCAGAGACACAAAAUCAGCUGAUCAGAAGAUGACACUGAUGAACUUUUUAGGUGAAAUCUGUGAAGAGCAAUACCCCGACAUCCUUGGCUUCACAGAGGAGCUGAACCAUGUGGAAAAGGCGAGCCGAGUUUCUGCAGAAACUCUUCAGAAGAACUUGGAGCAAAUGGGGAAACAGAUUUCCACACUGGAAAAGGAUAUCACGGACUUCCCAGAGCCCCAAGACGAGCACGACAAGUUUGUAGAGAAAAUGACAAGCUUCGUAAAAGUUGCAAGAGAACAGUUUGACAAGUUGUCAACAAUGCAUGAGAACAUGGAAAAAGAGUUUGAAGACCUUGGGCAAUACUUUAUAUUCAAUCCCAAGAAAAUAAGCAUCGAGGAAUUCUUUGGCGACCUGUGUAACUUCAAGAAUAUGUUUUUGCAAUCGGUGGCAGAAAACAAGAAACGGAAAGAGAUGGAAGAGAAAAUCCAGAGAGCCAAACUCGCCAGAGAAAAGGCAGAGAAGGAUAGGCUGGCAAAACAACAGAAGAACCAGCUGAUUGACAUGAGCGAAGUGGGUGAUGAGACGGGAGUAAUGGACAGCCUUAUGGAGGCCCUACAGUCGGGAGCAGCGUUCAGAAGAAAGCGUGGCCCAAGGCAAGCUGCUAACCGAAAAGGAUGUGCUAUGACCUCGAUUUUAGCCAAAGAACUUACUAAAGACGACGCCAUUGGCCUUCCCGCGAGUAAAAAGAAGAUCAUCGAAAAGGACAAAAUGGCGGUCGCGACGCCGAAGGAACAAGAUGAAUUAAUGGAGGAAAUGCUGACACGCUCCAGUUAAACUCAUAGGAAGUUCCUGGGAUUCCAAGGUUCCCUGCCGUUUCUCCUGUUUGGUUUUAAUGCUUCAAGUACUCUGCAUUUGUUACAGUCACAUUCCUGGACUACUUUUGUUUCACCAUGAGAUGGCCCAUGGAGUUUGAUACAGCUUCAUAUCACUAUAGAGCUGCUGAUCCAAUUAAUACUGCAAGGAUGUUGUUCUCUCCAAGUGCAGGUUUGGCAAUGGGCGCGUGGAUUGUCCUAUCAGACCAACCUCUGGUGUUUGGGAGCCUUUGCUUCUGUUGUCUCAAGUUUUUAAACCGUUCUGUUGAUAAUCCUCUUCCAUCUUUUGAUAAUUCUUCUAUUAUUUUUUUAAAUCGCGAGUUACUGUAAUAAAGUGUUUGCCCGUCGAAUCCCGAGGCCACCUAAAAGAAAUUAGUAGAUAAGGAUAAUUGAUCGCUGCAACUUUACCGGAGAGAUUUCACAUUCAGACCUUUUUAAAUUGUCAGUAUUGUUAAAUAAAUAUAAAGCUUCCUUCCAGA